AUGAACCAAGAGUAUCACGCCGAACGCGUCCCUUUCCAGGGCGCCAUGGGGCACGCCGCCGGCGGGGGCCUGGAUGACGCGCGUGAAGCGAUUUCUGAACUGCACUCCACCGAAACGUCUCGACGCAGCCAGAUGUCCAGCAGCGGCCCCGAAAGGCUUUUUUUCCAGUCUGCUGCCACUCGGGCCGUCUUUUCCGCAGCCGCCGAGCCCGCAGCCCAGUAUUCUGAAGCCUCCCCGUCUCUUGCGCAAGACUCCUCUGCAUUUUAUGCUGUUCAGCGUUGCAGUCUGGGAGGAACGUCGUCGCUGUCUGGUCAGGCGCUGCUGCGAGCCUCAGGAGAGCGUGGCGACGCGGCAGCUGGUGCAAAUGCCUCUGCACGGGCUGCCCUCAAGGACGCUUCAUCGCUAGAGCGCCACUGCCUCUCAGGGCGUGGGCCGCAUGCGUCCCCGUUGAGGCCCGCGAGCGAAGGGCUUGCCUCUGUGGGGACGGCGUCCUCGGGCGCCGCUGCAUCCGCUCUCUUGUCUCCCUCCUUUGCGCGUCGCGUGCGCGCUGAACAGCGACGUCAGCAGCAACGCCAGCUGUCUCUGGGUGAAGUCUACGCCCACCUCUACACGCCGGGCGCGUCCCCCAGUUUCGAUCGCGGGUCGCCUGCGCCGCGCGCGGCGCCUAUCCGUCCGGUUGAUCUUCUGUCUCCGGCUUCAGGGCCUUCGUCGGCUGGGCACGGUCAAAACGAGGGAUCGUGGAGCGCGCAGUGCAUUCGUGGGCGUCGCAGCACCCCGAGCAUCGGCCUUGCGUGGGAGGAGGGCGCGGGCCGCCACCUGGGGCCGUCUCUCGGCUCGACAACGAGUUCGCUUCCUUCUGUCGCUUCCCGACGUCUGACGCCGUUGUCGGUCUCUUCAGUGCAGGGAGUGCCUUCCGCCUCUGCCACGGGCGGCGGUCGCCCUCGUCCGUAUCGGCGCCUGCUUACGGCUGCGGGUGCUUCGGGGAACGUGGAGGCUGUCGGCGCCCGGGGCGGACGGGAGGGGCAACGCCGCGACGGGUUGACGCUGGUGGCGUCUUCGCUGCGUGCGCAGAGUCGGGCGCCCAUCUCUCGGUUCGUGAAGGCGGAUCUUCUGCAGGGGGCUGGCGCAGCCUCCCCAGGAAUGACUUCGUGGAACGGCACUGAGGCGAGCGCAGGCCACCGCCCGGUGGGGGGGGGCGAGAAGGAGGAGGACGAAGACGGGGCUUCCUUGGGGCCCGCGGGGGCCGGCGGUCAGAUUUGGGGCGGCAGAAUCUCCGACACGUCGAGCGUUGCGCCUGCUGCCAACAACGAAGUCCGAGACCAACCGGAGGGCGCCUCCUGGGGUGCACGGACGCCUGAGGAGAGCUCAGAGGAAGCCGCCGCCGCAGGCCCGCUUGCGGUCGCCAGUCGGUGGCUGAAGACCUUGGUGCAGGGCAAGAGACGAGAAGACGAUUCCUCUGCGAUUCGAGGCGGUCACACGGCGGGGUCUUAUGCCUACUCUUCAGAAGGCGCUAGCCCGACAUCAGGUGAAGUGGCUGAAUCCUCUGCGCCACCCUUCCGUCUCGGCUUUUCUUCUAGGAGCGACGGCAGAGGAGAUGAACUUGACGACGACCUGAGCGAGCGCAGUGAGCGUGCCGAAGGCCAGCCAGGGGGGGGAAAAAGAGGCUUCUGGCCACCUCAGUCACCCGCUGCGAAGAGGUUCCUCGCUGCGAGUGUAGAGGAAAGGGGCGUGGAUGCCAGCUAUUCGGCCAACGACGCAGAGCCGCGCGACGCUUGGCUCCUGCAGGGCGCUCCUCUUGCAUCCGACCUGGAGGGAUUUGUUAAACAAAGGUACAUUUCGAGUCUCGUGGACGCGGACUACGGUCUCGAUCCGCGAAUCAGGAACCCAGGAGUCGGUGACCGCGCCUUGGCUCGCGCUGCAGAGGAGCGUAUGGACGCUGCGGGCGCGAUGCGCGCUGUGGGAGUCGUUGAAGCCCUGGAGAUUCAGCAAAGCGAAGUCCUUUUGUCACCGUUCUUCUUCCGCCGAUUCAUCCUCGCGGAAGUGACGCGAUCUCUCGACGAACUGGUAAAAAUCUACGCGGACGAGAGUGAGGUCUCCUCAGAAGCCAAGAGUGAAGGGACAGGCAGAGACAAGGUGGCGCGCGAAGGCGAGGCUAGAGCGAAUCCGGGGGACAACAGCACCGGGGCGUCGUCGCCUCCGAUGUCUGCGCCUGCCGAGAGGGCUGUCGUUACGCCUCACUCUGGCCUGCUCUCAAACGCCGCCAGCGCCGCGGAUUCCGAGUGCCGCGGCGCGUCUGAACCUGAAUCCUCGUCGCCGACCGGUUCGGGGGAGGCGCACUCGACGGAUUCCCGACCGGUGGCGGACAGGGCUUCCAGUGGAGCCCUGGGCGCCGACAUGAGUCUCCGAAAGAGCCAAGAGGAGCUGGCAAACGGAGGCAAGGAUCUUGGCGGCGGAAAGCAUAGCGGAAGAAGCAACCUUUCUGGAGGUUUUGAAGAGGUGGAUGCGGAAGGGGCGAGCGGCGGCGACACUCGUGCGGAGGCGUGCGAGAGACGGACGUCCGCGGGCCUCAUGCGGACUGAGCGUGGAGGCCUUCUCUUUGCGUUCAACGCCUGUGUGCUGGAUCACCGGGAAAAACUCGAGAGCUUCGCGUUCAUGUUAAACACCUUGAGACACCUCCAGUGCGUCAUCGCCUCGUCCCGCGCAACAGCGUGGGGCCCGGACUCAGGGCUCCUCUCGUUCGCAGACACACCGGCCUGCGGCUCUUCGCUCGCGGCGCUGCGCUUCUACGUGAAAGGCGGACGCGCGGAAGGAGGCGAAGGAACGCCCGCCCCCGAGACGUGGCGCGAGCGGAGACAGCUGAGUGCAAGUUCUCUGCUGGAAGCGCAGAUCGGCGCGGGGUGGCUGGACGCCUGGCGUCUCCUUCCGCAGGAGGCCCGCCUCGCCCUCGGCCGCGCCGUCGAACGGGCGCGGCGUCUAGACAGCAGGACGCGCGAGCUCGUGCGCGCCUGCCUUCGUAUCGCGAGCCCGUUUAAUUGUUCGCUUCCUCCUGCCGCAGAGAGCCGAGCGCCCCCCGCGAAGGCCGCCGCGGGCGGCGCAGGGGAGGACGAGUCUUUGCUGGAGAGCCGCGAGGAGAGCGGGAAAGCGCCGCGUGUGGAGAGAGAAUUCAUUCGCGUCAGGACUCUCGGCGACGGAACCGAGCUCUGGAGGGUAGUCGAGCGAACGCCAGUAGACGCCGCGGCCGCGGAUCUCGCAGACGCGGCGAACCGCCAGGCGCAGGCCGGUGUUGGCUUCUGGGUCUCGCUUCUGGGCGAGGCAGUCUAUGAGGCAGAGGAACUCAAGGGUUGGAAGCUUGCGCUGCAAGCACUGUGUGGUGAGGCAGCCGACUCAGCGGCGAAGGCGCCGCCCCGCCGCGCCAGCGCUGCCGGAGCCGCGAAGCCCAGGACGGUCGAGCUCGUGGAAGAAGUCGAGAGGGAGCUCGGCGGCGCCCUGGUUUCUCGGCGUUCGAUGCUCUCUGAAGCGUUUCUGAAGACGCUGGCGUCCCUUUUUCCGGGUCAGACGCCGCGGAUCGAGUGUAUAGACAUGCUGGCGGCGACACUCAACACGAUGGAUUUUCUCGCGGUCCAGAGUUCAAAGGAGCCCUCUCCGCGCCGCGCCUCGCAGUCUCGCAGGCUUUCGGCGGCGGAGAUCGAGGCGGCGCGCCGUCCAGCGAUCGGGCAGCCGCUUGUUCACUGCCUGGAUGCGGUCAAUGUGCCCGACGGAAUCGUGGAUCCGCAGUCUCCUCGCAUGCAGACAGUGGUCCUGCAGCUCGUUCAAGACGUUGGGAUACAUUUUCAGCGCCUGUGGAACCGCCUGACGGCGUCGGCAGUGGAGAGUGCGCCAGGGGAUGCGGAGACGGAGGCGCACCUACUGAUCCCUCUCUACGGGCCGUUCACUGCCUACCUCAUCGUCUUCAAGCUGGAAAGGGUCUGCGGGUCACAGCCGUCUGCGAAGCGUCAAAGUGCUUGCAGCGAACGAGGGGGCGACGCCUGCCGAUGCACAUACCAAGUCCUAGACUGCGUGGCGGCGGCCGCCGGCACAGACGAGGAGACUCGCGGGCGUCGAGCCGCCGACGUCGACGCGCUUGCCUCUAUGCUCUCGACGAUGCUGUGGACCAAGGGAAGUCUGCGGUUCCUCAAGAAGACCCCGACGAUGGGGGCUCUGGGCGAGAAGGUGAUGAUGAGUGUCUUGCCCUCGAGGCGGUCGUGGCCCUGUAUCCCUGCGCCGCUGACCGGAGGAGGUGGAGCGCAGGAUUGCGCGAACGCUGAAUUAGGAGACGCUAAUCCAGAUUCUGUCGCAAAGCUCGCGCUUCUGGCGGAAUCUGGCGAGUUCACGCCUGACUGCUGCGGGAUUAUUCUCAUGUUCAGCAUCGAGGCGUUCUACAGCGGGCAUCGUGCGGGUCUCCUAACACCGGCUGCGGUAACGGCUCUUCGCUUUUUGUACGCAAGAAGAAUCUUCGAGGUCUUUGUUCUGCGAAAGUCUUUGUUGCAUUCUUGUGCUUUACCCAUGUUCCGCGCUGUUCAACGGCCAUGCGCUGCUGGGGAGUCGCCCACGUAUCUGGCGCCCGACUGUCCGUCUGCAACUGGGCAACCCACCCUUUGCUUGGGGGCAAGUGUAUGA